AUGGCGGGCAUCACAUCCCUCCCAGAACCCAUCACAAUGUCGAAAGAGAUGGCUGUUAACACUGAGGGCAUCCACGUCGAGAAAGUCUCGGAGCACGAACAACUUGUCGCAAGACUCAACAAUCUCGACCCACCGAUAACGCCAGAAGAAGUCAAGCAGGUGAGGAGAAAAAUCGACCUGCGUCUCCCACCGUUCCUUAUGGUCCUGUACAUCUUCACAUGGCUUGACCGUGGAGCCUUGGGUAACGCCGUUCUUAUGAACAUCAAAACAGACCUCAAUCUCUCCGGAGCCCAAUACAGUCUCGCCGUGAGCACGUUCUUUGUUGGCACCUGCGUGGCUGAUUGUUUUACCAAUAUUGGGAUGCGAUAUAUUCGUCCAAGUCUCUAUUUGUCUGGAGCCAUGAUCGUCUGGGGUAUCAUGGCGACACUGCAAGCGGUCGCGGGUGGCGCCUCGGGUUUAUAUGCCAUCAGGUUCUUCCUGGGUAUCUUCGAGGCUGCAUUUAUUUCGGGCGCUCCGUACUUGACAACCGAAUGGGGCAAGCGAAUUUGCAUCUAUCUCUCUGCAACACCCAUCGCCGGAGCCUUCGGCGGCUGGAUCGCGUGGGGCGUGGCUCACAUUAGCAGCCACAGCAUUGAAAACUGGCAGAUCCUCUUCAUUCUGGAGGGAUUACUAACCAUUGUCUUUGGUAUUCUCUGUGUCUGGGUCCUACCCGAUCGGCCUCACAACACUCGCUGGCUCACCCCUCGAGAACGAGAUGUGGCAGAUUGGAGGAUGAUGAAUGAUGGUAAUCGCACACACGGCAAGGUUCACUGGGCUGUCGUCGCCAAACAGCUCAAGGACUGGCGCAUGUGGAUGAACAUUGCCAUCUACAUGUGUCAGGUCAUCUCCACGUACACCAUUGCAACAUUCACGCCAAUAAUCGUCAACACAAUGGGGUUCGACAAGGUCAAGGCUCAGCUGAUGGUCGCUCCACCAUACUGCGUCGCGUUCGUAAUGGUCUUUGUGGUGGGCUAUUUCUCGGACCGCUUCAAGUCUUGCUCUGGCAUUUUGGUGAUCAACUCCAUUGUCGCCGCCGCCGGCGACCUCAUGCUUGUGCUCCUGCCGUCAAGGUACAAUCACGCGCGCUACGGGGCUACUUUCCUGACCCUCACCGGAAUCUUAUCCGGUGUUACCCUCUCAGUCGGUAACAUCACGAGCAACUGCUGUGGUGACAUCAAAAAGGCCAUUGCAGCUGGUCUUUUCCAGGCCUUCGGGUCGACCAUGGGAGUAGCAACAGGCUAUUUGUUCCCGGCGAAGGACGGACCGGAGUACAAGACUGGGUUUUGGGUCUUGUUCGCAUGCACCUGUUUCACUGGCACGGGCUCUGCCAUUAUGACGAUCAUCAACAUCCGUGAAAACAAGAGGCGGGACGCGCUGAGUGGGCCGCCGCCGACAGAUCGAGUUAUUGACUUUGACGAGGAUGGCUUGAUGGAGAAACAUCCGCAUUGGAGGUAUUAUAGGUGA